GCCCUGACACUCCCACCACUCCCUCUGCCAACCAGUGGGAGGACUGUCACUACCAAGUCAGGACUUCACUCUCUUCACUUUCUCCUCGCAAAGUGGCAGUCAUCAUUGCCUGCUUGCAGCUGAGAGGGAAAGCCAGGUUGGACUGGACCAAGGUAGGCCGCUCUCCUACGAAGCCAUGUUGCUGUGGUCAGUAUGGAGUGCAAUAUUGCUACUGACCCCACUGGAGGCUGCAGAGGAGGAUGAUGUCCGAGCAGGCUGCAGCACUGCUGUAAACGACCUGGUCUAUAUUGUUGAUGGCUCAUGGAGUGUUGGCUUCUCUGACUUCGACACUGCCAAGCAGUGGCUUAUCAACAUCACUAGCCAAUUUGACAUCAGUUCCCACUACACACAGGUGGCUGUGAUCCAGUACAGCGACACUCCUCGUCUGGAGAUUUCUCUGGGGAAGCACCAGGGUGGAGCAGAGCUCAUCCAGGCCAUACAGAGCAUCACGUACCUGGGAGGAAACACACAGACUGGCAGGGCCAUCAAGUUUGCUGUGGACCACGUCUUCUCCUCAUCCCAAAGAGCCAGCCAGGUCAAGAACCGCAUUGCUGUGGUGGUUACUGAUGGCAAAUCUCAGGAUGAUGUGGUGGAUGCCAGUAUGGAGGCACGAGCUCAGGGCAUUACAGUAUUCGCCGUUGGAGUUGGCAGUGAGAUCACCACCUCGGAGCUGGUAUCCAUCGCCAAUAAACCAUCAACCACCUAUGUCCUGUAUGCUGAAGAUUACACCACCAUUGACCGUAUCCGAGACUCCAUGGAACAAAAGCUCUGUGAAGAGUCUGUGUGUCCAACACGAAUCCCAGUGGCAUCUCGUGAUGAGAAAGGCUUUGAGCUCAUGUUGGGCAUGAAGGUUCAGAUGAAGGCCAAGAAGAUCCCUGGCUCUCUGACCUCUGAGACAGCCUACGCUCUGACUGCCUCCAUAGACGUAACUGAGAACACCAGGGAGAUUUUCCCAGAGGGCCUCCCUCCAUCCUACGUCUUCGUGGCCACCCUGCGUCUAAAGGGGUCUUCUAGCAGGCUCACCUUUGACCUUUGGAGGGUGCUGUCUAAGGAUAAGAAGAUCCAGGCUGCAGUGACACUAAGUGGGAAGGACAAAACUGUCAUGUUCACCACCACCAGUAUAACAGAAAAGGAGCAGAGAGUCACCUUUAAAACUGGCUUUGAGACUCUGUAUGACGGAAAGUGGCAUCAGCUCAAACUCCUGGUGAGGCCACACCAGGUCACCAGUUUCCUUGAUGAUCAAACAAUCCAGGAAGUAAAGCUGGAACCGGUGGAGCCCAUUUACAUCAAUGGGGAGACACAGUUGUCAAAGAGGCGUGGAACAGACAUCACUGUGCCUGUGGAGAUUCAGAAGCUGCGUCUGUACUGUGAUCCUCAUCAGAGUGAGAGAGAAACAGCUUGCGAGAUCUACUCUGUGGAUGAUGAAAGGUGUCCUCUGGAUCGAACAGCCACAGUCGAGGAAGAAGACUGCAACUGUGUGGUCGGACCACCAGGGCAGCGCGGCCUGCCAGGACGUAUGGGUUUCCGAGGGGAGAAAGGGAGGGAAGGACCCCCAGGACCUGAUGGUAAGCCUGGUAAAGAUGGGAUACCUGGGGAAUCUGGCCCUCUUGGAUUGCCAGGGAUGAAGGGUGAAGUCGGCUCAGUCGGACCAAAGGGGGAGCCCGGGGUAAAAGGUAGCAUGGGAGACAGAGGGGAACCAGGGUUAUCAGGAGAACCAGGACCCCCAGGAGCCAAGGGUCUUCCUGGUGAGAGAGGUGAGCCGAGCCCUCCAGGAGAAGCCGGACCAAUGGGGGAGCCAGGACUACCAGGCACCAGCGGACUGGUUGGGCCACUAGGACCAAAGGGAGACAGGGGAGACACUGGGCUGACUGGUGCUGCUGGAGCUCAAGGUGCCCCGGGUGCCCAGGGACCACCUGGCGAAGCAGGCCCAAAGGGACCUCAGGGAGAAAUUGGGUUGCCUGGGCCACAAGGACCACCUGGAAUAAAAGGAAUGCCGGGAAUCCAGGGGCCCCAGGGGCCGCCCGGAGAGAUCGGCCGAGAUGGUCCCAAGGGGAAGUGUGGAGAUCCAGGGGUCGCAGGUCCUUUUGGUCCACCAGGCCAGAAGGGCUCAACAGGAGAACCAGGUUUUCCAGGGCUGCCAGGUGGCAUGGGCAUGCCGGGGUUCAAAGGUCACAAGGGGGAGAGAGGAGAGGCGGGCUCUAAAGGAACCCAGGGGGAGCGAGGCAGAGAUGGAGAUCCAGGGACUCCCGGUGUACCUGGCGAAGUGGGACCCAGGGGAAGGAAAGGAGAGAAAGGAGUGACAGGUGACGUUGGCCCCAGGGGGACUGAAGGAAAGAAAGGGGACAUGGGCCACAUGGGUUCUGUUGGACCCAGGGGAUUCCCUGGCCAGGAUGGGUUGCCGGGGCAACCGGGCCAACCCGGUUAUCCAGGGAAACCUGGCAAGCCUCCCUCAGAUGAACAUCUUCUAAAGCUCUGCUCUGAUGUUCUGCGUAAUCAACUUCCAGCACUGCUCCAGAGCCUGGCUCCCCCAGCUAGGUGUGAACACUGCCAGAGCGUGAAGGGACCCCCAGGCGAGCCAGGAGCACCAGGACCCAAAGGCUCCAUGGGGACUCCGGGCUACCCUGGCAGGAGUGGCUCUCCCGGUUACCCAGGACCCCCUGGAAUGCAGGGUCCUGUAGGCCUCAAAGGUGACAUGGGACCAAGAGGGCUCAAAGGCAGCAAGGGGGAGGGUUACCGCGGACCUCCAGGACCACCUGGACAGCCAGGAAUUCAAGGUCCUCGUGGCUUCGAUGGAAUCGGCCACCCAGGCAACCAGGGAAUUCCUGGAAAACCGGGGCCACCAGGCGAUCCUGGUAAACGGGGCAAUCCGGGGCUUCCGGGGGUUUGUGAUGUUUCCAUGUGUUAUCAGACAUACAACCUCAGGGAACAUUACAGCAAAGGACCCAACGUCUGAGGAAAGAGCAGCGUGGGAGAGCCGUUGACUUAAAGAGUGUUUAGAGGAAGCGAUUUACUGUAUCACUGAUUUACAGAGACGUGUGUGACUGUUGACUCCCUUUUGACAAAGAGUGUCUGGAGAACAGCUGAUCAGGAGGCAGCAACAACAACCCUAUUAGUUGAGUUAAACUGAAAUGAGAAGGGCAUUGACUCAUGAUUAUGGAAUUCAUGACCAAAGAUGGUCAGCAGGCUGGCAACCUAGCAAAACUUGAGACUUUGAGAGACUAAUAUGGCUACUUUACACUUGCAACGUUUGAAUAGCAGGUUGAAACGGCGAGGUCUAAUCCACCAAAAUAGUUUGGUUUCAUUUUUGUGUGACUAGCAGAACUAGGAUUUGGAAUAAUAUUUGAAAUAGCUACCUCCUCUUAUAUGUGAGUUACUCUUUAUGUUUAAGGCAACAUUACUGAAGGCUUUGCUAGCAAGACAGGAUGCUAGCUAACCUCACCAGCAGCCUGAUCAAAUUUUAAACGCAACACGCCAAACAGGAGACAGACAGGACAGAUUUCCUCAACAAAACGUCUAAAAUAUAAAUGAGAAUGUCUUAAUGCAUUUUAAUAAAGCUAAAGAAGAGUUUUCCUCUGUGGGCUAAUGUUGCAAAAAAGAUACUAGCUUGAUCUGAGAUCUGAGACCAAGCAAAAUUCAAGUAGACCAAGCAAUUAUUUUCUAAUUAUUAAUUUAUUCCAGACUAUGAUAAAAAACUGCAUAUGAUCAACAGAAGUGGAACAAGAAUCCGCUUUCAUGCUGUGCUUGAAAGAUGUGCUUCUCUCUGCUUCACCAAAGCUUUAUAUCAACCAGCGAGGUUAUUCCUGCCCUCAGUGCAGCGCUGCCUCGGAGAAAUGAAUUGGUUUACGUCACAAUGUAAGAACUGGGCAUUUUCACAUGACUGUCUUGUGAAAGGUUAGUUAACAGUUAGGCUGUUUGGUCAAAGAUAAGAACAAAAAAAUAAAAAAUACAAAGUUCAUGAAUAAAUGAGAAAAACUCUUAGUUGAAAUCACUCCAACCACAACAUGUAAUCCCUGCUGGUGGAAAAACAUAUUUCUACCACCUAUUGUGAACGGAGCACUACGGUUUGUGCUUGUCCAUCACUGUGACACAGAGGGUUGUAAGAAUCCUGUCACUGUCUGUUUGUACCUAUCAUAUUUGUUUUCUUGUUUACCAAUAUUAAAUGACCUUAUUUUGCAUUGCUUUUCUAUCUGUGUGGAUUACCAUAAAUUCUCAAAUAGUGGCCUUUAUUUACCUCAACUGCAGAUUUAUGCAGAGUUAUAUUACUGACAGGCCUAGAUUUCCAAUUCCUCCAUUUAGUUAAGCCUAUUUGACCUUAUUUAAGUAAGACGCCUCCCUGUUUCUUGAUAUGCUCCCUUUUUAAUUUGCUGGUGAUGCUGUUUAUUGUUGCAAAGCCAAAAUGUCCACUCUACCUGUUCUGAUAACUUCAUUGUAAUUUAAUUUUCAUAGUACUAAUUGCUGCUUUUUAAUUUUAAUUUGAUUUCAAACUAUACAUUCACAAUACCGACACUGGUUUUUUUACAUUAAAAUCCUCCCAGCGCCUCAAAGGGCUUAAUCUAUCACGUUCCUGGUAAGCUUUUAAUUUGAAACAUCUGCAGGAAGUAUUGAGUUUCACUGACAAUAAACCAACCACACAUGGAAAAACGGCAGCGUUGAAUCGAUUGGAAAUAAUUAGUGAAUGAAAAGGAGGAACUUAGAGCAGCAGAGUGGUGAGCAUGUUCCAUGAUUUAAAUGCUGGUUUUUAUUUGAGAAUUUAUGGUAUACCAUUUUAAUGACCAAACUAAGCUCUUUUAAGAAAGUUGUGCUCAACAGAAAUGUUAAAAUAUUAAAAAAUGUAACAUUGGCUAUAUGGAAUAUGCUGAUUAAAUAGUGUGAAGUUAUACAGUAGACCCACAAUGUGACUGGAUGGAUUACUUUUACAAUUGUCUAUCAGUGUUUUUAAAAUUUGCAGAGCAUGUUAACAAUUUCAUGCUAAGCUAGUUGGAUAAUUAAAACUACGGUCUCCAUUCUAUAGUCCAUCCAAAAUCAAUUUACUCAGCAAGUGUUAAUCACAGAGCGUUAGUUUCCAGAUUUACAAAUAUAGGCACAGCCUUCUAUUGCAAGUGGGUUUAUCCCUCGCUCGCACCCCACUGAAGACCUUAACUCCCACAAGCACCAACACACACCCACUUCACGAGAAUCAAUAACCAGUCCAUACCUCGCCAACGUGUCAUAAUCUAAUUGCACAUCACAGUACAUCAUAUGCGCAGAUGGCAUAGAAACAGUGCAAUAUCACCAUGAGGGAAUGAAACUGGAAAUGAACAGCAAAGAGCAGUGUAGGAGAGAAACAGCUCUCCGUGUGCCAAAAGCAUGAGGGAGAGCACCCAGUUAAAGCACCCCAAAUAACAAUCACUCUGACAAAAUUCUCAAGACAGAGUGAGUCAUAGAAAAACAACAGACAUCCCACAGAUAGAAACAAAUGAGAGAACAGGGGGAAGACCAGGAAGCUGCAGUGUAAAUGUUUUCCACUGUCAUUUCUCAGCACUGAGUGGAAAUGACGCCUAAACAGCCCACCUGGGCAGAUGGGGGUGUCCAAAAACUCCCUUCUCGCUGUGUCUGGGAUGGAAGAAAGGUGCAACCAGAAAUCCCAGUGGAUCAUUGUCUGCCACACUGCGAUCCUUGCAGUAGAGAUAGUGAUGGAGGCACACAGGGCCAGAAUGGCGCUGGAAGCCUUGAUAAAUCAGGAUCAAUCUUCAGGACGCAUAACAUCUGGCUGAGCAGCCAGUCUUGUCAUGGCCACCUGGAAGGUGCACCGAUGAAAGGUGACCCUGGCAGUCAUCUGGUCUCUGGUGGAGGGUAGAGCCAGCCAUCGUCUAACCGUCUUUGUAGUUUGUUUUACCCCAAAAAACGAUGUCAAGUUUGGCUCAAAGGGAGCAGGUACCAUCAGUUUCAGGGCUCCACCGCCACUGCAGUCUGGUACUUCUUGAUGGCUGGAAAAAGAGGCAACAUCUGGUAACUUGGGCAAGAGAAACUCGCUAUUUAUGUAUUCUGGGGUGCUUCUCGGCCUGAAUAAGGCACAGUAUACACGUGGCUUGAGGCGUGAGGGCUAGGCACAGCUCACAGUGGGCAGGUUGAAAUCUAUAAUGUAGUCAGUCUAGCACGCUGGACAAAUUCAGACACCACUGGAACACAUCUUUGAAGUCUAGUCAGUUGCUCUUUGUGGCGAAGUUGAACGUCUGGUCUUAGUCCAAUUUACGCACAAGGUCAGACCAAGGUAGGGCCCAUGUCAUGUCUGUUCAUGUCAUGUCAUAUAUGGACGUCUUCAGUGCUGCACCAACGAGAGAUAAACCCACUAGCGAUAGCCUUAAAGGGGGAAGCCUAUACAGGAUAGAACAGCCGUGUGUUCAGUCACACCAGCUAUGUGGAGAAAUGACGAUGAUAUAGAGCGAUAUAGAGGGAUUUAGCAACAAUAAGCCGCUACAGGCAUCAUAUUAGCUCUCACAGACAAAAAGCAAUAAGCACUCAAUUACAGGAAGAAGCAGUAAAACAAUGUGUUUGCAAGGAACAAGACAUGUUUGUUUUUUGACACAAAUUCAGAAGACUGUAUUUCCAUAGCUAUUUACAUAAAGUGUUGGUAGCUUUAUGGGAGAUGGCUCCUGUCCCAGUUUCCCAAGAAGACAGACUUAAAAUUCCAUGUAUGGUUAGGACUGAUAAGACAAACAUGUCAUCAGAAAACUCUUUCAGAGACUUUGGAACCUUUCCAAAUGCCUUGAGGUGUGACAAACGGGUUAGUACCUCUCUCUGGGGUUCAGACUUCAGGAUGCCAGUUUCCAAACCGUUGUCUGUUGCUCUAAAACUGUAAAUUUGGACUUGUCAAAGUAAGCUUGGCAGGUAUCACUGCUGUAAGAGUAGCUAGCCUCGGUAUAUGGAUAAGUCUUCAGAAAUAGGAAGAAUUCAGGUGUGCAUUAAGCCAACAGUCCUGCUGGAAGAGUAAGGAUUUUAGACUGACUGUCCUACUAUUUAUUACUAUUGUUAUUUUUGCUUUUCUUUUGAUAAAAAUGUGAUUUUACUGUAUGAAGAUAUCACAUAAGUUUUCUGUAUGUUGCCAAAUUGUGCCUUUAGCUUCCAGCCUUUUUACUUCUUAUUUAGCACCAUUAUAUCAUUUUAAUGUUGUGUUACCAGCAAAAAUCUAUUCUAAAGCUAUAGCUAGCAGCCUCUAGAGACAGCAUUGUUUAUCACAUCCCACACUACUAAAUGGUUUCAUGAAACAAACAACAUAUUGAUGAUUUUGCUAAGGCUGCCCCCAACUUUGAUUCUACUAGUAGAUCAUUAGAUAAAGCCAAUUUAUGACAUUAAUUAUAUGUGUGUGUGUAUAUAUAUAUAUAUAUAUAUAUAUAUAUAUAUAUAUAUAUACAGCUAACAGAAAUUGAUUCUGAAUGUAGUUCAUUAAUUUCACCACAGUAUAACAUCACACAGUCUCGCUGUUCAAAACACGGAAUAAAGAACUUCCAAAUUCACAAAAACAAACACUGCCAGACUUAUCAAUGCGAGGGAUGGUGGAUAACUUUAACAGUUACUUACAAAUUAACUUGCUACAAACUCACUCCUCCCACUCCGUUUCGCGCCUCUCCUGCCGCUGCCGUGUCUUCUGGUCCAGAAUCAGAGCAGAGUCCUGGUCUGAGCCGCUGGAAAUCAGCUGGCCUCCGUUGGUCUACCUGGCUCCAGUACUGUCAUUCCAGCUUUGCUCCCAGCCAGUGUAGUAGUGUUUAAACUCCCCCUGUCCUUUGAGCUGCCAGUCCGGGUACAGUCAGGUAAUAAGACCGCUGACUUACUAGUGGCAGCAGCUAGUACAGUUAGCAUAUGCAACAGUGACUCCCUGUGUACAAGAGAAAAGAUCCGUGUUGCAACAAUCCUCUGAAACUUAAGUCCCCCAGUGACAAGGUGCAGCCCCCGAGUGGAGUUUGAUAUUGUUUUUCUGUGAGUAUCCGACUAAUCAAAAGUGCGUCAACUAAGAAUCUUCACAUCAACUAAUGGUCAAGUCGGCUAUUAGGAGGCAGCCCUACAAUUUGCUAUCCGGAGACUUUCCAGUUGUGUAAAUUUGCCUUAGAUGUUAGUAAGUUGUCAGUCAUAGGGACCAUGGAUGUGAUAAAAAAAUUUUUAUAUUAAGUUGAAUUCUAUGACUUCUUCCAGUUAUAUUUUGACAACUUUAUAUGAAAAUAGAAAUAUUGGACUAAUGGGAAUGCCAGGAGGUAACCCUAUCCCCUUAAAAAAUAAUGUUAAUAUAUCAUUAAUUUGCAUUGAUAGAUAGAUAGAUAGAUAGAUAGAUAGAUAGAUAGAUAGAUAGAUAUACUUUAUUGAUCCCAACCUGCGAAAUUGCAUUGGCAAACAUAUCAGAUUUACAGGAAACGCUGUGCUGUACCAACAUAAUGAUAAAGGGUUUAUAUUUUACAUUAAACAAAUGCUGUCAUCUUCUGUGGCUCUGAAAGGAGUUUAUCAAAGUUAAAACAACCAUGAUAUAAUCAGGGUUACCUCGGCCUUGGCUUGAGACUUGAAACUGAUAACAGCAACCUUGUGUUAGUUGCAAACUGGAGGUGUGGAGUUUGAAAGAAGUGAGGCAUUUGGGAGGCAUAGUAAAGGGAUGUACUUUUAGAUGCAUUAUGGGCCAUAUCUCGACUUGGAGGAGGAGAAUAGUAUAGGUCUUUUUUUUAUCUUUUAGUGGGGUCUUUUGAACUUUGAACUGCUGCUUCAGUUUUCACUGCUCUCUGUUUAAUCUGCCUUUUAUGAGCUCCCCAACUGUAUGAAAUACAGUCCUAUAUCGCUGGAGCAACCCUUUAACCAAGUGCUUUAUCAGCCUAAACCUUUUGCUGCCCUGGCAAUUGGUAUAUCAGCUAGUGGUCGGAUAAAGACGCUCUUAGAAUACUCAGCUAAGUUUGGGUAUAUCAACACAGACUUUUGUGGUGGCAGAUAGGAAGAGGUCUCCGGCAUCAAAGUCACAUAUGUUGUCCUCUCUUUCCUAUGGCUUUUUGCAGUAUGUCAUUGUCACACUAUUUCUUCUUUUGCUUCUGAGUAAGUUCCUGUUUUCUGAUGAGAACAGUGUCACAUUGAAUUGUGUGUUGAAAUGUGCAGCUGUAGUUUCAUUGUAACACACCACUGGUAUUUUUAGAUAUUUUUUGGGUUAUCUGACAUUUGAGUACUGACACCUUCUAUACACGGCAUUAGCGUAUCUGCAACAUCUUCACUGCAGAUGCAGUCUAUUUCCUGUUCAAGUUGUGAAUCGUUUUAUUAUUUAAAAUUACAAGGGUUAAGCAAAGAAGACUUUGUGAAAACACACUAAUUACAUCCUUGAUUAGCGUUUGUUUGCAUUGUGUUGUCUGUGCUCUGUAUUUGCAAUAUAUUCCAAGAUGCAACUAUUCAUAACCUUUUCAAAGUUAAUAUUAUGUCUCAUAUAUGUAAAUGCAGAAAAAAAGGCAAUGUUUACAAUAGUAUUUUUAUAUAUAUUUUGUACAUUUUGCAAAUGCAUUGCAUUAUUAGUUUGGUUGUAAAAUUAUUUUAUAUUAAAUAAACCAUAAUUAUGUAACACCAA